AUGGUAUCAGAGCGGUGAUGAUUCUGGUGGGAUCAGAUACUUCUUUUUCUUGAAUCUUGUCUUUCUUAUUUUUGUGGAAGAAAAAAACCUUCUGCAAGUAGUGAAUUGAAGCAUUCUGAAAAGUACGAAGGAAAAAAGACUUUUAGAAUGCAUUCAGGGGAAGGGUCUUUGUCAUCCAUGGAACUUGUAUCAUCUCCAGUGACGAUUGGAGAAAGGGAGAGACUAUAUCUUACUCUCCCAAAUAUUCCAGAGAAAGUUAGAUUUAAUGGGAUAAAUCUUCAUCAAUGGGAGCAGUUCGUUGAUCUGAUGCUUCUUGGAAGAGGCUUAACAGAUCACCUUAUAGAAGAAUCAUUUAAGAAAUCAGAUCCAAAAUAUAGAAGAUGGAAAUCAGAAGAGGCUAUUAUUCAUACGCGGCUGCUAAGUACAAUGACACUAGAGAUGUGUGAGAAUUUCCUAUUCAUGCACUCAGUGAAGGAAUUGUGA